CCAGGCUCUGAAUAGAUGAUUUAUACUUUAAUAUAUUUCUAACUAAACAGCUUCGGGGGACGAUAGAAUUUCAAUAUAUUUUAUAUGACAUGAAGGGAAUAACAUUUCUUGACAUUUUCGUAUGACAGCCAUCGAAUACAAAUACAUAAUAUUGCAAUCAAUUUACCUUUGACCUUUUGAAAGCACGUGAUCAACAAAAUAGUUAUGACCUCUCUUGCUAGCUAGCUAGCUAGCUAGUGCUAAACUAAUGCUAACAUUUCCAGAUUGACGACAACAUUUCACAAAAAUGGAACAGCCUAAACAAGAGGAGGACUAUGGAUACGAUCUAUUCCCGGAGAGAAACUCGGCGAAGUACAAGGGGAAGUCGUUUAAAGAGAGCUUGUUCACUUUCAACCACAAGUGUCAGAUCAUGUUGCAGUUCGCGAUGGAAACUAGUCCGUAUGCCAAACUUCUUCUCAGUGCCAUGAAGAGUUCAGGCUGCCAAGUGUUCAAAGAUAGACAUUUCUCCUGUGAAGACUGUGACGGGACAGUUAGUGGAGGAUUUGACGCAGUUUCUUCUCAAAUUGUUUUGUGUCAGAACAACAUCCGCAAGCAGUCCCACAUGACCCGAGUGGUCACGCAUGAGCUCAUUCACGCCUUCGACCACUGUCGGGCCCACGUGGACUGGUUCAACGAAUUAAGGCAUGUGGCUUGUUCUGAGAUUCGGGCAGCUAACCUCAGUGGUGACUGCUCCUUUAGGAACGAAUUUGACAGAUCCAACUUCGGCCUGAAGCAGCAUCACCAGGAGUGCGUCAGAGGCCGGGCCCUUCGCUCCAUCCUAGCUGUGAGGAAAGUUAGCCGAGAGAAAGCGGAGAAAAUCGUGGACGAGGUCUUCGUCUCGUGUUUCAACGACCACGCGCCCUUCGGAAGGAUCCCGCACGGCAAGAAGGAUGCCGGGUUUGCCUACAGAGAUCAUAACAACAGAGAUCGAUACUAUGCAAACCUUUAGACGUGUUCCCAUUUAACUCCCAAGGGUGCUACGACUGGCGGUGACGCUGACAAACAGGGCCCUGGUGAAUAUAGAAGCCUCACCAUAAUGACGACCAAAUCCCCUCAGAAGGGAUAUUCACGUAAUGAUUUGUCCACCGAACGGUAAGGGGAGUACAUCUCACGCUCACCCUUUGUUUUUAUACCAAUUCUUUAAAAAGGGAUUGUGAGGAGGGAUUUCGUUGUGGAAGUGAAUUAUUAGAUGAGGCCGCAGUCACUUAUUUUCCAUUUGUUUUUACUUUGACCAAUGGGUGCUUUAAAAGAAAUGCAUGUUUAGAUUUUUGUCCAUCGAUAUGUGCUGUGAAAGUCUCUCUCCGUUAGCUCUUUAUCUUGUUGCCACGUUGACCUUCGCUCACUUCUUGUAAAUACAGCUGAUUGUGCUCCAAUCAAAUCGAAUCAACUUGUGUCUGAAUAAAAGUUUGAUUCCUCUGGAAAGAGUUGUUUGUGAGGACAAGGGGGAGGAGCUACGUUACUGUUUGACUUUGUGAAUCGCCAAAGGGUCAUAAGUAUGCGCAUGGCAUCAUAACGCCUUUGUCUAA